AUGUCGGCCGGCUGGUUCCGGCGCCGCUUCCUGCCGGGGGGUCCGCUGCCCACGCCGCGGCCGGCCGGGCCGCACGCCAGCCCCGUGCCCUACCGGCGGCCCCGCUUCCUGCGCGGCUCGGGUUCCAGCCCAGGCCCCGCCGACGCCUCGCGCCGCCCGGACGCCCGGCCCGUGCGCAGCCCCUCGCGAGGCCGCACGCUGCCCUGGAACGCGGCUAUGCAGAGUGAAAUCAUCAACGCAGAGAAAUCUGAGUUUAACGAGGACCAAGCUGCCUGUGGGAAGCUGCGCAUCCGGCGAUGUGAAUUCGGGACUGAGGAGGAGCAAGAGUGGCUGACUGUGUGCUCAGAGGAGUUUCUGACAGGUCACUACUGGGCACUGUUUGAUGGGCAUGGUGGUCCUGCAGCAGCCAUCCUAGCUGCCAACACCCUGCACUCCUGCCUGCGCCGGCAGCUAGAGGCUGUGGUAGAAGGAGUGGUGGCUUCUCAGCCCCCUAUGCAUCUCAGUGGCCGCUGCGUCUGUCUUAGUGACCCCCAGUUUGUGGAGGAAAAGGGCAUCCGGACAGAAGACUUGGUAAUCGGGGCUCUGGAGAACGCCUUCCAGGAAUGUGAUGAGGUGAUCGGGAGGGAGCUGGAGGCCUCGGGCCAGAUGGGUGGCUGCACAGCCCUGGUGGCUGUGUCUCUGCAGGGAAAGCUGUACGUGGCCAAUGCUGGAGAUAGCAGAGCCAUCUUGGUGCGGAGGGAUGAGAUCCGGCCGCUGAGCUCUGAGUUCACCCCAGAGACAGAGCGGCAGCGGAUUCAGCAGCUGGCCUUUAUCUACCCUGAGCUUCUGGCUGGUGAGUUCACCCGACUGGAGUUCCCACGGCGGCUGAAGGGGGAUGACUUGGGGCAGAAGGUUUUGUUCAGGGAUCACCACAUGAGCGGCUGGAGCUAUAAACGUGUGGAGAAAUCGGAUCUCAAGUACCCACUGAUCCACGGACAGGGUAGGCAGGCUCGGUUACUAGGAACACUGGCUGUCUCUCGGGGCCUGGGAGAUCAUCAGCUUAGAGUCUUGGACACAAACAUCCAGCUCAAGCCUUUUUUGCUCUCUGUCCCACAGGUGACUGUACUGGAUGUGGAUCAACUGGCACUGCAGGAGGAGGACGUGGUUGUCAUGGCAACUGAUGGGCUCUGGGAUGUCCUAUCCAAUGAACAGGUGGCAUGGCUGGUACGGAGCUUCCUCCCUGCGAACCAACAGGACCCACACAGGUUCUCGGAAUUGGCCCAAAUGCUGAUACACAGCACACAGGGGAAGGACGGUUCCAUGGGGGAAGGACAGGUGUCCUACGAUGACGUCUCUGUGUUCGUGAUUCCCUUGCACAGCCAGGGCCAAAGGGACAGUGGCCACUGAGGAUUCCGACACUGCAUUCCAGAACCUCUCCAGGGCUGGUACAGUCUGAGCAUCCCUUACUAUAGCUAAGAGAGGCCCUGCCUGUCCUGUCCCCAGUCACAGCCCAAUUUUCUUGCCUUCCACCCCAAUUUGCCUGUUUCAUGGGGAUCAUACCAGGCAGGGAGAGCUGGAAGGAGGUGGCGAGCCCAGCCCUCUAGGUCCUGCCUUUUGCAGUAAUAUCCCUCUGACGGAGACAUUGUACAAUUUAGGAGCCUUGUGAGGCUUCUCAGACAGGAUCCUCAACAGCCCCAGGUGUUAUUCUCAGAUAGGGACAUCUGGGGUAAGGGUAUUAGCCAAAGAUGCCUUGAGGGGCAGGCAACCUGUUUUGAUGCAGAUCUCCAGUCCACGUAUGUCAGGGCAUCCAUUCCAUUCAAUCCCAGUCCAUGCAAGGUGCCUCAUAGAGAAUAUUGGGAGCCCUCUGGAAUGCCAUCCUGAUAUGCCUGAGGAGAAACCAGCUAAAGUUGGGGGACAGCAGAAAGGAGCCAGAGGGGCUGGGAGCAUGACUCAAGUGGCAGAGCACCUGCCUGUCUAGCAGCUCAAAGCCCAGUGCCACCAAAAAAAAAAAAAAAAAAAAGGGAGCAGCUUUCCAGAGUUGGUGGGCAGACUCACCUUCUAAAUGGUUGCUUCUCCCUGGCCCCAAUACUACCCUAGUCUAAUGCCAACAAUGCCUUUAUUUUGUUGCUCCUAGUCACCUGUUAUUAAAUGUUUGUACGCAAAAGAGCCCUUGUGAAUCAUGAAUUGCUUGUACAGCUUGGAUACCUUUUUCAAAUUCAUGUGACCUUCCAGUGGAUUCCUUUUAGCUCCACCUUGUAAACUUGCAUGGAAUCAAGACUGUUAUAUUUUGUCGGCUGGCACCCUCCCGCCUGCCUCAUUGUUACCAAAGAACAGAAAGGC